AAAUUUGACAGUCGGUUGUCAACAAUCUCAAGAAUAGCAACAAAAAAAGCAAAAAAAAGUGGUGAUUGUUAUACUAAGUGUAUCUUUCAUAUAUAUACCUAACUCUUUAUAAGUAAACACUAAAAAGAAUAAUUGUAACAUAAUUUUCACGUAUUUGUUUCAAACCAACAGAGGAAUAUAAUAAAAAGUAUAAUUUCUUUUUUGGUGAUUAUUUCCUUGACUUAAAGUAAAAUUUAAGUUCAAGGCAAGAAGACUAGGUUCAAGGAUUUAAAGUGGAAUAUAGUUUCUCUAAAAAAUUCUCUUUUUUCAUUUUACGAAUCGUUUUUUAUCAUCAAAAAGAAAUCAUUUACAAAUAAUACAUCACAACCAUCGAAAUUAACAUUUUAAUUUUUAAAGGUUAUCUCUGUAUGAGUAUUUGUGUUUGCUUUUAAAUAUUAUUUUAUAAUUUUAUAUUAUGGUAUACUGGAUGAUAUUCAAGAAACGUUUCUUAAAGAGUUUUACAGCUUUUUAAAGAAAGACAUUCGAGAAAGGCUCAUUUUAAAGAAAACGGUGCGGUGAUUGUGGGUUUUUAAUUCCUCACACCAAUUUUUGUUUAAACUAACAAAAAUGCGGGCUGGUUAUUUCUUAUUAACUCCAAUGUUACCUCUCAUUGCUGCUGAUGUUUGGCAUAAUGGAAUACUUUUACUAUGGACUAUUCAGACGUCAAUAAUUGUUUACGUGAUAGUGUUUGGUCUGCUUCCUGUGAUAUUUCAUUACUCAUACACAAUUCAACGGAAAAUUCUCUUCUUAAAUUUUGUUCAUUGGCCACUGUCUAUCGACUUUUCGAAUCCAGAGGCUAUUGGAAUUCAAGGAGCUCGAAAUUUUUAUCUCACGACUGAUGAAGGCGUUAAAAUAGGCGCAUGGCAAGUUUUACCGAAAUCUCUAUUGAAUCAAAAUAUCAGUAAGGAAGCCUAUGAGACGGUUUUAAAAAAUGCAACAUUACCGGUAAUUUUAUACAUGCAUGGAAACAGUGGAAAUAGAGCGAGUAGUCAUCGAGUUGAAUUGUACAAGUUAUUCCAAAAUUUGAAUUAUCAUCUCGUUUGCUUCGAUUAUCGAAGUUAUGGUGACAGUGAAAAUGCCGAUCUUUCGGAAAUGGGAGUGGUGACCGACAGUAAAUUUGUUCUCGAAUGGAUUAUAAAAACUGUAAAUGGUUCGGCUCCAGUUUUUGUAUGGGGGCAUUCUUUAGGAACUGGUGUUUCAACUCACGCUCUUGCGUUAUUAGCGAAUGAUGAAAACCAACCAGCAGGACUUUUUUUGGAAUCGCCUUUUAAUAAUAUAGCAUCGGAAAUUAGUGAGCAUCCUUUAGCGCAGAUAUUUAAACAUCUACCAUGGUUUCAAUGGGUGAUUGUUCAGCCUUUUUACGAUAAUCAUUUGCGAUUUCAAUCGGACCAACAUAUAACGAAAGUAAAGUGCCCUAUUAUGAUUUUACACGCUGAAGAUGAUAAUGUGGUUCCAUUUUCCUUAGGAGAGAAGCUUUUUGAAUCUGCUUUAAAAUAUCACGGAAACACAGAACAAGUUCAAAUGAUUCGCAUAAACGCUUCUCAUGGACUUGGACAUAAAUAUAUAUGUCGAUAUGCGGAAUUGCCAGAAAUAAUAGAGAAAUUUGUUUCUUCAGUUAGUAAAAAUUAGGAAAAUUUUAUUAAACUAGAAUAAUUCUUUUUUUUU